AUGAAGUGUAAGAAAGUGGGUCAUUAUGCAAGUGUAUGCCAGACAAAACCCAGCAAUGAUUCAACAACCGCAAACAAGUCAAUUGGUAGAAAGAGAGGGCCUGGAAAAAUAAAAUACCUGGAAGUGGUCAAGGAGGAAACAGAGGAUGACGAAGUUCUGGGCAUUUUUGUAAUGAAAGAUUCUGGAAAGGAUGAACACAUCCCGAUUUUCAUGUCAGUGAUGUUGGAUCAUAAGAGUUGUAAAGUGCAAUUGGAUACCGGAGCCACAGUGUCUAUCUUACCUAGGGUCCUGUAUGAUCAGCAGUUUAACCAAUGGCCCUUACAUGGUACCAAGAUGAAGUUGAAGGCUUACAAUGGUGUCCGAAUUCCUGUCUAUGGUGAGGUUCAUUUGCCUGUGGUCUAUGAACAACAGGAACUGGUGCUUCCUUUGAUUGUUGUGGAUGGAGAGGGCCCUCCACUGCUGGGCAGAAACUGGUUGGAGCAACUGAAGUUAAAUUGGCACAAUACCUGUCAUGUGGAAGAAGAAUUAGACAAUUUGGAGAAGUUAGGAGUCAUAAAGAAAGUGGAACAGAGUGACUGGGUUUCUCCCAUUGUCUGCGUACCCAAGAAAGAUGGAAGUCUACGCAUCUGUGGUGAUUUCAAGGUGUUGGUGAACCGGGUCCUUCUAGACAACCCUUACCCACUGCUGGACAUGAAAGAUAUAUUUGCCACAUUAGGAAGUGGAACUGUGUUCAGCAAGAUUGAUUUGUCAAACACCUAUCAGCAAAUGGAACUGAACAUGAAAAGCCAACAAUACCAAACUGUGAACGCUCACAAAGGAUUAUAUGCCUAUCAACAUCUAACCUAUGGUAUCGCCUCUGCCCCUGCACUCUUUCAGUCAACUGUGGAUCAGAUAUUACAGGGAAUGGACAAUGUGUGUUGUUGUAUUGAUGACAUCAUAAUCAGAACUGAUCCCCAUGAACACUUGCAAGUAUUAGAUGAGGUGUUGACCCAGCUGGAGAGGCAUGGCAUAUUAGCUAAGAAGUCUAAGUGUGAGUUCAUGGUACCAAGUAUAGAGUUCCUAGGUUACCAUGUAGACAGGGAAGGCCAACAUCCCACAGAUGAGAAGAUUGCAGUUAUUAGCAAAGCGCCAAGUCCAAAGAACGUAGCAGAAUUUCACUCUUACUUAGGGCUGCUGAACUACUAUGGACACUUCAUUCCUAAUCUUUCCACCCUCCUUCAGCAGUUACAUGAAUUGCUUCAGAAAGGCUUGAAAUGGGAGUGGUCCAAAGAGUGUGAAGAAGCUUUCCAGCAAAGUAAAUCUGAGCUUAUGGUUCCAUAUGAUGAGAAAAGGAAGCUGAUUCUAGCAUGUGAUGUUUCUCCGUAUGGUGUAGGAGUGGUGAUUUCACACGUAAUGGAUGAUGGAGAAGAACACCCCAUUGUAUUUGCGUCAAGAACACUUACAAAUAGUGAAAGUGACUAUUCACAAAUAGAGAAGGAAGCUCUACCUAUUAUUUUUGGAGUGUGGCAAGGAGUGCAUGUUGAUUUUGCAGAGAAAUAUAGCAAUUACUUCCUUGGGUUGAUUGACAGCCAUUCCAAGUGGAUAGAGGUGGCACACAUGAGAUCCACAACUGCUCAAAGCACUAUUGAUCAAAUGAAACUAUGGUUUGCUGCAUAUGGAUUGCCAGAAGAAGUGAUCUCAGACAACGGACCCCAAUUCAUUUCCCAGGAAUUGACAGAUUUCCUUAAACAGAAUGGAGUUAAACAAACACUGGUACCUCCGUACCAUCCAUUGUCCAAUGGGGCAGCAGAGCACACAGUCCAGAUCUUGAAGAGAGCAUUACGCAAACAUGCUGAAAGUGUGAGAGGAGGCAGCAAGAAAUGUUCACUGAAACACCAACUAGCCAACCAGUAUCGAAACACUCCUCAUUCAGUGACAGGAGUAACACUAUCAGAACUGUUCUUGAAAUGA